CUCUGCAGUCUGCUGCUUCUGUCAUUGGCGCUUUUCUCCCCUUAGGCCAGGGAGGGAAUAUUCACCGGAUGAUGCACUUUGUGAGCCGUUCUGCAUCUGGGAAGUAGCUUUGAGGUUGAGCCUUCGUAUGAUUGCCCAAUGAAGCCCUUUUUCCUCUUGCGCAACGCUGCCCGCACACUUUCUACGAGCACUGCCUCCGCAUGCGGAAUCCGCAGAGUCCCGCAACCAGAUCUGGAAACGUUUACCAAGAGCUUCUUUCAGGUGGAAUCUCCAGUCAUCAUCACUGACGCAAUCAGCAAAUGGCCUGCCGCCACCUGGACUCCAACAACAUUGGCGAGUCGCUUUCCAGAUAUCACCGUCCCAGUGGAAAUUUCACGUUGGAGUGAGAAGCUGAAACGCUGGGGUGAUUAUAGAGAUCUGUAUGCCGAGCCUGCUGAUGGUUGGGCCACUGGAGGGGAGGAGGUUUUUGCACCACACCAAGAGAUGCCGCUGAGCUUCUUCGUCGACACCUUCGUGCUCAACAAAGACGCACACCCCGAUGUUAACACAAAGUGGCGCGGCUACCUCGCCCAGCACAGCCUCCUUGACGAGAACCCUGAGAUGACGUCAGCAGUGAUAGAGCCUGAUUACAUCAAGGCCGGAAAGGGCCUCCACCAAAAGAACGUCUGGCUUGGACCUGCCGGAAUGAGCACGCCCCUGCACCAGGACCCUUAUCACAACCUCUUCGCCCAGAUCCAUGGGCGUAAGUACGUCCGAUUAUACCAUCCUCGAGACACCGCAGCCAUGCACCCGUUCCAGCACUCCCCUCUCCUGCGUAACACGUCCAAGGUCGACGUGGAGGCGUCCGAAACUUCGGACACGUGGCCGAACUUUGUUCGGACGCCGUUCUGGGAGUGCGAGCUGCAACCGGGGGAGAUGCUCUACGUGCCGCGCAAGUGGUGGCACUACGUCCGAGCGGUUGAUACGAGCCUGUCCAUAAGCUUCUGGUGGACCUGAGGCACGUGCCACCGCUACGUCAUUCUACCGCUGCUCUCGUCAGCAGUAAAGCACGUUCGCAAGCGUUCGGCACGUUUCAGUGGCUCCCUGUGGUCGAGACACGUGGCUUCUUCUAUCCGUACUGGGAUCUACGUCCAAGUACUGAAGGGUCGCCGACCGUGGAACAUUGCUAUGGCUAUCUACAGCGAGUGUUUUCGAGGGUGGGGCUUUUAUUGGGAAGAGAAACACCGGAGCAUGGAGAAAAAGACGGGUCUGUCACUGCAUAAAAUCGGAUUGUCUUUUCCAUGCAUAACAACGCUUCAAAGAGCUUAGGGGCAUCGGGAGUGCCUAGCUGAUCUUGUAAAAUACCGAUGCGCACAAGCCUCAACUGUCCAUUGGCUGCGGUAUGGUAAGUCCACCAAUGUAAGCCGCUGAUAUCGUGGCAGUAUUUACUUAAUACAAUCAGAGAGAGAUAAUCGGACGGAUAGUUCCAGUUUGAGACAUAAUGAUAUUGUUCGGAUCAUGUCAAGUCGAGCCAGG